AUGGCCAUUUACAGUCUUCUUCAAAGGAGAGAUGUCAUGGAAAUUUUGUCAACAAGAUUUGGCAAGAGCAUGAUCUUUACUGUCUUUGCUAUGGCCAAAGAAGAAAUAUCCUCAUCGAAAACCGGUAUGAUCACAAUUUCCCCUCUAAAAAGCACUAUCGACGACCAGAUAUCUGAAAUGUUGUCGCUGAGCUGUAAAGCAAUGGGCCUUAUGACAGAAACAGUAAAUUUCAGUGCUUCGAGAAAGUUCACCUCAAUUUUGUCUAUUACUCGGUGUUAGAGAAUAACGCACUCCAGCGCAAUACAUCGAACGGUGUCCGCGAUUGUGGUCGAUGAAUCGCAUACGGUAGAAGAAAGAUGCACAGCGUAAUUCUCCAUACUUUUUUGCUUGGUGUAGCUUAAGCUACAACUCAAAUCUGAAGAUCGCGCUAUACGUAAAAAUACAACAUCCUGCAAACAACACUUAA